AUGGUAGGAAUUCAAUCCCAACUCGAAAUGGGAUCGGUAGCUCCAGAUGGGUCACCACAUGAGUUUGAGGAGCAGAGUCUUUUUAGCCCAGAAUCAGGGAAUCGAAAGAUGCAAGCUGGUCAUAUAUCUGAAUACGGAUCAGUUCCUGGUGGUUUCCAACCUGGUGCUAGUAAUAUGUGGAAGAAUGUUGUGUAUAAGAGCUUAAAGACUGUAAUUUUUUCAAAUAAACUAAAUGUGCUUAUCCCUGUCGGGCCUCUUGCAAUCCUCGUCCACAUUUUAACUGGGCAUAAUGGAUUGGUCUUCAUUCUGAGUCUAUUGGGGAUAAUACCUUUGGCCGAGCGUUUAGGUUAUGCUACAGAGCAGCUGGCUAUGUACACAGGACCUACAAUUGGGGGUCUUCUAAAUGCUACAUUUGGAAAUGCAACAGAACUCAUCAUAGCAAUAUACGCACUGAGAAAUGGAAUGAUACGUGUUGUUCAACUAUCAUUAUUAGGCUCAAUUUUGUCAAACAUGUUGCUGGUACUUGGAUGUGCAUUCUUCUGUGGUGGCCUUGUUUUUUAUAGAAAGGAACAAGUUUUUAACAAGGCAACUGCUAUUGUGAAUUCAGGAUUGCUGUUGAUGGCGGUCAUGGGGCUACUCUUUCCUGCUGUUCUGCACUAUACACACACUGAGGUGCAUUAUGGGAAGUCAGAGUUGGCUCUUUCAAGAUUUAGCAGUUGCAUUAUGCUUGGGGUUUAUGCUGCGUAUCUUUUUUUCCAAUUGAAGACCCAAAAGGAUCCAUACAUUCCUCUCUCUGAGGAAGGGAGUCAGGUUGGGGAGCACGAUGACAACGACGAUGACGAGACUCCAGAGAUUUCUAAAUGGGAAUCAGUUCUUUGGCUUUCAAUAAUGACGGCUUGGAUAUCUAUCCUAUCGGAGUAUUUAGUGGAUGCCAUAGAGGGAACAUCUCAUGCAUGGAAUAUACCAAUUUCUUUUAUAGGGGUUAUCUUGCUCCCAAUUGUGGGGAAUGCUGCAGAGCACGCCGGUGCUAUUAUGUUUGCUAUGAAAGACAAGCUUGAUAUAUCAUUGGGAGUUGCAAUAGGUUCAUCAACGCAAAUAUCUAUGUUUGGAAUUCCUUUUUGUGUGGUUGUUGGGUGGAUAAUGGGGCAGCCCAUGGACUUGAACUUUCAACUUUUUGAGACUGCGACUCUUUUCAUCACUGUCAUUGUUGUGGCCUUCUUUCUGCAGGAAGGAUCUUCAAAUUACUUUAAAGGGUUGAUGCUCAUCCUUUGCUAUGUAAUUGUUGCUGCAAGUUUCUUUGUUCAUGAAGAUCCCCCUCCAGAAGUGUGGUUCUAUAAAUUUGGCAAUUCAUUUCCUAUGGGUGAUGCAGCAGAAGAUUUGCCAUUACUUGGAAGCUUUUCUUCAGCUGAUGGCGAACCAGAACAGUCUAUCAAAAGAACUGGAACCGUAUGGACUGCAACAGCGCAUGUUAUUACAGGAGUGAUAGGAGCAGGAGUAUUGUCUCUAGCAUGGAGCAUAGCUCAACUAGGGUGGAUUGCAGGUCCUUUAUGCAUGAUAGUUUUUGCAGCUAUCACCCUUCUUUCCACAAGCCUCCUUUGUGACUGCUAUAGAUUUCCUGAUCCUGAACAUGGCUCCAUCAGAAACAGGUCCUACAUGGAAGCUGUGAGUAGUAAAGUUCAGAAUUCUGACAAAAUUGACAACUCAAAUUCAGGGGAGAGAAGCCAAAUAGUGUGUGGAAUAUUUGCAGAGGAGAGCUUAUAUGGGAGUGGAAUUGCGUAUACCAUUACUUCUGCUAGUAGCAUAAGGUUCGAACAUCCUCUUGAACUGGCAAAUGGUUGCUGUGAUGAUGACGGGCAUCCAUUAAGGACUGGAACCGUAUGGAGUUGCGUUGCUCAUAUUAUUACUGCUGUUAUCGGCUCUGGAGUUCUUUCCUUGGCUUGGAGUACAGCACAGCUUGGAUGGAUAGCAGGGCCAGUGUCUUUGCUUUGCUUUGCGAUUGUCACCUAUGUUUCUUCCUUCCUCCUUUCUGAUUGCUAUAGGUCCCCUGACGGAACAAGAAACUACUCUUACAUGCAUGCUGUUAGAGUAAAUCUUGGUAAAACACAGACAUGGUUUUGUGGUUUGCUUCAAUAUCUGAGCAUGUAUGGGACUGGUGUUGCUUAUGUUGUUACUACCUCAACUAGCAUGAGCGCAAUUCAAAGAUCAAACUGUUAUCAUAGAGAAGGGCAUAAAGCUUCAUGUUCAUAUGGGGAUACUAUCUAUAUGCUGCUAUUCGGAGUUGUUCAGAUAGUAAUGUCACAGAUACCAGAUUUUCAUAAUAUGGGAUGGCUCUCGGUAAUUGCAGCAAUCAUGUCCUUUACCUACUCUUUUAUUGGAUUUGGACUUGGUGUUGGAAAAGUAAUAGAAAACGGGAGGAUCAAGGGGAGCAUUAGUGGAGUCCCAGCUGCCACUGCUGCCGAUAAGUUAUGGGUAGCCUUUGAAGCACUAGGAGACAUUGCUUUCGCUUAUCCAUAUGCGAUCAUUCUGCUUGAGAUACAGGAUACUUUGAAGUCACCUCCAGCAGAGAACAAGAGCAUGAAGAAGGCCUCAAUGAUUUCAAUCUUUAUCACAACUUUCUUUUACCUAUGUUGUGGGUGCUUCGGAUAUGCAGCUUUCGGCAACGACACACCUGGAAAUCUCUUGACAGGGUUUGGGUUCUUCGAGCCCUAUUGGCUCGUUGAUUUGGCAAAUGCUUGCAUUGUUCUUCAUUUGGUGGGAGGAUAUCAGAUAUACAGUCAGCCUGUGUUUGCAUUUGUGGAAGGUUGGUUCAGUAGGAAAUUUCCAAGCAGUGGGUUUGUGAAUAACUUUCACACCUUCAAACUUCCAUUAUUUCCUCGUCUCCAAGUCAAUCUAUUCAGGCUAUGUUUCCGAACUGUGUACGUUGCAUCAACUACUGCUAUUGCAAUGGUCUUCCCUUACUUCAACCAAGUUUUGGGAGUGCUUGGAGCCUUGAACUUUUGGCCUUUGGCUAUAUAUUUUCCUGUGGAAAUGUACUUUGUGCAGAAGAAAGUAGGUGCUUGGACAAGAAAAUGGAUUCUUCUUAGAACAUUUAGCUUUUUUUGCUUGCUUGUAACAAUAGCAGGCUUAAUUGGGUCAAUUGAUGGACUUAUAACUGCUAAACUUGGCUGA